AUGAUGCUCGUUAGCACUUGUAAUUUGACAGUAGUUUUAGUAACUCAUGCCAAUAGUCAAAUUCAAAUAGUCACUGUUCAACUGAAGUCAAUGAUAAAUGAUUUUCUCGAUGGAAUAAAAUUCUCAUACCCAAAAAUGUCUAUUAUGAUUCGAAAUCAUGUUAGAGUACUUGAAUUUUCAAAUAAAAUUCUCAGAAAAGCGCUAUUAGAAAUUUGUCUGGUCGAGAUUGGUGCAUCUUCUAUACUUCUGUGCAUUGAUGAAUUUUGCUUUCUAAGGAUGCUAGAUACACAAGACAUCGCAAAUACGAUACCGUAUAUUAUGUUAUUUUUCGCUUUGAGUUUGAAUAUAUUGAUACUGUGUUACUUCAGCGAGCUUCUUAACUCUCAGUUCAUCGAAAUUGGCAAUCAAUGCUACAUGACUGACUGGUAUAAAAUUCCUCUUAAAGCAAGAAAAUAUUUUAUUUUGAUCAUGAAUAUGUCUCAACGACCUCAAAAAAUAAGUGCUGGUGGAAUAAUUGAUCUAUCAUACAUAACUUAUGUACAAAUUAUUAAGACUGGAUUUGCAUACUUACAAAUUUUGAAGGCUUCAAAUAUGCAAAGUAAUGAAUAA